AUGAAUGUUUUAAAAUUACAGAAGAAGUAUCCAAUAUUAGAUCAAUCUGAUUUAUUCAGUAUUAUUGAAGAUUUCCGUGCAAUUGAUUUGGAUGAUAAAGGAUGGGUUGAAAAGAAAGACGUCAUUAAUGCCGUUUCUAAAAAGGGGGAAUACUCUUAUGAUCAAGCAAGAGAGACAUUAAAACAAGUUGAUGUUGAUGCCUCUGGCCAUGUUGAAUUGGAUGAUUAUGUGCAAUUGAUGGCUAUAUUAAAAGAAGACUCUUCAUCAGCUACCCCACCUCCACCAUCAUCGACAAUUUCUGGGAACUCCGCCAGUUCACCUUCAGUUGUUUCACCUAAAUUUAAAAAACCUCCACCACCAAUUCCAACUGCCAAUAGUAAAAACAAAACUUUCCUUGGCGGUAAAACAUCAGGGACCACUCAUACUAUUAAUGAUGAAGAAAGAACUGAAUUUACAAGACACAUCAAUUCAGUUUUGGCAGGUGAUCCAGAAAUUGGUGAUAGGUUACCAUUUGAUACUGAGACUUUCCAAAUUUUUGAUGAAUGUAGAGAUGGUUUGGUAUUAUCCAAGUUGAUCAAUGAUUCUGUUCCAGACACAAUUGAUACAAGAGUUUUAAAUUUACCUAAAGCUAAAAAGACUUUAAACAAUUUCCAAAUGUCAGAGAAUGCCAACAUUGUCAUCAACUCAGCAAAAGCUAUUGGAUGUGUUGUUGUCAAUGUUCAUUCAGAAGAUAUAAUUGACGGGAAGGAACAUUUAAUCCUUGGUUUGAUUUGGCAAAUCAUCAGAAGAGGAUUAUUGUCUAAAGUUGACAUUAAAUAUCAUCCGGAAUUGUAUCGUUUAUUAGAAGAAGACGAAACUUUGGAGCAAUUUUUACGUUUACCCCCAGAACAAAUCUUGUUGCGUUGGUUCAACUAUCAUUUGAAAAAUGCUGGAUCACAAAGAAGAGUUACCAAUUUUUCUAAAGAUGUCAGUGAUGGUGAAAACUAUACUGUCUUAUUACAUCAAUUACAACCUGAGCAUUGUGAUUUGUCCCCAUUAAAGACAAGUGAUUUAUUAACUAGAGCUGAGCAAGUUUUAACUAAUGCCGAUAAAAUUGGAUGUAGAAAAUAUUUAACACCCAAUUCAUUGGUUUCUGGUAACCCAAAAUUAAACUUGGCCUUUGUGGCUCAUUUGUUCAACACUCAUCCUGGAUUACAACCAAUUGAAGAACACGAAAAUAUUGAAAUUGAAGAAUUUGAUGCUGAAGGAGAAAGAGAAGCCAGAGUGUUCACCUUGUGGUUGAAUUCGUUGGAUGUUGAUCCGCCAGUUGUUUCGCUUUUCGAAGAUUUGAAAGAUGGGUUAGUUUUAUUACAAGCAUACGAUAAAGUUCUUGCAGGAUCUGUGUCUUGGAAACAUGUAAACAAAAAAGUCAAUGGAGAAGUGUCGCGUUUCAAGGCAUUGGAAAACACAAACUAUGGGGUUGAAAUUGGUAAGGCUAACGGGUUCUCUCUUGUUGGAAUUGAAGGGUCGGACAUUGUGGAUGGGAACAAAUUAUUGACAUUGGGAUUAGUUUGGCAAUUAAUGAGACGUAACAUUGUUAAUACCUUGGCUGAAUUGGGCAAAGGUGGUCAUAAUCUCUCUGAUGCCGAUAUUUUGAAAUGGGCUAACCAGCAAGUUAGCAAGGGAGGUAAAUCUUCUAAUGUUAGAUCUUUCAGUGAUUCGUCAUUAUCAAAUGGUGUAUUCUUAUUGGAUGUGCUUAAUGGAUUAAAACCUGGUUAUGUUGAUUAUGAUUUGGUUUACACUGGUAACAGUGACGAAGAGAAAUAUGCCAAUGCCAAAUUGGCCAUUUCUAUUGCCAGAAAAUUAGGAGCUUUGAUUUGGUUAGUUCCUGAAGAUAUCAAUGAAGUCAGAAGUAGAUUGAUUUUGUCUUUUGUUGGAAGUUUGAUGGCUGUUUCAGAAAAAUAA